CGACUGUCGCGCGUGUGCUCCGGCUCCUCACGCGGCGGCCGGGGCCGCCUCUCCCUCCCUCCCGCCCGCCCUCCGAGAGCGGCCGCGCCGUCGCCUUCCGCGCCGCGCGGCUUCCUCCAGAUCUCAGCGCGGGUGAACCCUGAUUAUAGAGGAGACAGCUGCUGCUGACCCUGUGCCCCUAAGGCCGAAGUAGCUGGCUAAACUCAUUCUUGGUACAGGACAAGAAUAAGUGUCAAUCAAGUGACUAGGAGGCAAUAACAGGUGUUCUCCCAUUUCAAACUUUUUCCAGCCCUACUCUGUGUAUAUAUAUUUACCAAAGCAGGUGGACACCAUGUCUUUGAAGAUUCAGACUAGCAAUGUAACCAACAAGAAUGACCCCAAGUCCAUCAAUUCUCGGGUCUUCAUUGGAAACCUAAACACAGCUGUGGUUAAAAAGUCAGAUGUGGAAACCAUCUUUUCCAAGUAUGGCCGUGUGGCUGGAUGUUCUGUGCACAAAGGCUAUGCCUUUGUCCAGUAUGCCAAUGAGCGCCAUGCCCGGGCAGCGGUACUGGGAGAGAAUGGACGGGUGCUGGCUGGACAGACUCUGGACAUCAACAUGGCUGGAGAGCCCAAGCCCAAUAGACCCAAGGGGCUAAAGAGAGCAGCAACUGCCAUAUACAGUGGCUACAGCUUUGACUAUGAUUACUAUCAAGACUACUUCUGUUCGAGGCUGUUUGAUUAUAGAGGCCGCCUUUCUCCAGUGCCUGUGCCCAGGGCAGUCCCAGUGAAGAGACCCCGUGUCACAGUCCCUUUGGUUCGCCGUGUUAAAACUACAAUACCUGUCAAGCUCUUUGCCCGGUCUACAGCCAUCACUACUGGCUCAGCCAAGAUCAAGUUAAAGAGCAGUGAGUUACAGACCAUCAAAACAGAGCUGACACAGAUCAAGUCCAACAUCGAUGCCCUGUUGGGUCGCUUGGAACAGAUUGCAGAGGAACAAAAGGCCAACCCAGAUGGCAAGAAGAAGGGUGACAGCAGCAGUGGUGGAGGAGGUGGCGGCAGCAGUGGCAGCAGCAGUGGCAAUGCUGGUGGUAGUGGCAGUGGCAGCGGUGGUGGCGGCAGCUGCAGCAGCAGCCGACCACCGGCCCCCCAAGAAGACACAGCUUCUGAGGCAGGCACACCCCAAGGAGAGGCCCAGACUCGCGAUGACGGUGAUGAGGAAGGACUGCUGACACACAGCGAGGAGGAACUGGACCACAGCCAGGACACAGAUGCAGAAGAUGGGGCGUUGCAGUAAGCAGGAGAAAUGGCCAUCAGCAGAAGAAGGGCAUCACUGUCUCAGGCCUCAAGCCAGGCACCCAUCUCUGGAUGCCAGUUUGUAGUGGGUACCAGAGGAAAGCUGGCAGCAGGCACUCCUCUCCCCAUGCAUCCCAGCCAGUGAGUGCUACAUCCUUUGCAAGUGGAGUUACUGGCUUACCCUUACCCCAUGCAUUCUUCCUGUCUGCACUGCCUGGGCCAAGGGGCAGAACACAUUCUGCCCUUCUUCCCCAGGGAAUUCCCAGGCUUGGAUUUUUCUAUAGGUUUGAGGGGGGGUGGAGGGGGGGGGAGAA